CCCAACUCCAGUCAGUGUCUCUCGGACUCGCUUGCCACACUUCUCCACCCACUCAAUUGAUUGAUCUGCACUCUCUUUCCACUCGUUUUUCCUUCCGUCGAUUUCCGUUGUUCUCUUAAUUGCGGGCGGGUCCUGCAACAUUCCCGCUGCAUUUCCUCCCUCUCUUCUCCAAACCUCGAAUGAAUGAUGCGCCCCAAGCCGGCGUCUUCCCUACAGAAGACCUACGAUGAUUGCUAUCUGAUGUGCUCAACUGCCGUCUAUUUCGAGGGUCAGAAUAAUGAAGAGGAAGCCUUAAGAUCUUGGCGCUCCGCCCUGGAAACGAUCUACUAUCACAACGCUUAUCGUGUCCCCGCCAAGUAUACUCCCAAAAACGAAACCGAACGGGCCCUGCAGGACUCCAUCCGUCAACUGGAGCUGCAAUGCCGCGAGCGAGUCGAUCUCCUGCAAGCCCUCCGCGAGAGUAGGAAGGAUACGUCAGGCAAAUCGCCUCCGCGAGCCACCCCCGGCUGGAUCGGCGACGGCACUGUCCCCGCCGUUGGAUACACCGAUCUCUCCAAACCGCCCACCAUCCCUGGUCGUCCGACUCCCACCACCACCGUCAGCUCCGAGUCCAUCAGACGGGAGUCCGCCAGCGCCGCCACUUCUCCCCCCAUGCCCGGAACCCCCGCCCUGCGCACCCAGUCGCAUUCCCCGAGCAAGCCCGAUUCGCGCACCUCGAGCCCCGAACGGCGCAAGCUGACCAUGCCGUUCACCCUGCGCAGUUCCGAGAUUAAGAAACAGACCAAGAAGAAGGACAGCCCCCGACGGAGGGAGCUGCGGCCGGCCGCAGCCUCUCAGGCCGCGGGGCUAGCCUGGGGUAGUAUCUAUCCAUCGUUCACGGCGCCAGACAAGGCGGCCAGUGAUGCGGCUUUGGCCUCGACGCGCGCCUCCAACGACUCCAGCAUUCGAAAAGAAUUCGAAUCCCGACGACCACUCUCAGGCGAUGAACGUAUUUCGAGAAGAGCAACACAUCCCGCGAAUGAUCCGGACGAACGUCGAAUCGGUCGGAAACCCCGUGCGUCAGACCAGUCGGUAUCGCAUCGGCCUCCGACGAAGAGAACGGCCACUUCAUCUUCAACUACCACCCCGACGACAUCGACGCACCGCAGACCAACCGGUGAAGUUCGACAUCAGUCCUCGAAUCAAUCGCUCCCCACUUCGGUCGGUCCGGAGUCAAGGAGCGUCAUCCGGCCGCAACCUCCCCCCAAACCUUCUGUCAAACCGAAGCCAGUAUCCCUGCGGUCACCUCAUCCCACAUCCUCCCCAAGUGGUGUUUCUCCACACCCACCGGAUGGUCUGGGCAAGCCGCGGACCCAUCCGGCCUCACGGCCACGGAUCACACCCACCUCGUCUACUGAUGGCGGGCUGGGUCCAGGGCUGGAUCGGCUGACACUUUCACCCAGCACUCCCGUAGCCGCUCAAUCGCCGCGACUAUUGAAACGUACCGUGACGCCACCCUCCAGCGAUCCGGAGUCAUUGGGCCCCAAGUCCACAGACCCGGACGAGGAGGACCCGGAGGACGAAGACGAAGAAGAUGCGAUCGAGAAUGUCAUGAACAAGCUGCCCAAGGGCGUCGACGUGACCGCUGCACGCCAGAUUCUGAACGACAUCGUCGUCCGCGGCGACGAAGUACAUUGGGACGACAUCGCUGGUCUGGACGGGGCCAAAAAGGCCCUCAAAGAAGCCGUGGUCUACCCGUUCCUCCGCCCGGACCUUUUCUCAGGUCUCCGCGAACCAGCCCGCGGCAUGCUCCUGUUCGGACCGCCAGGCACAGGCAAAACCAUGCUCGCUCGCGCGGUGGCCACAGAAUCCCGAUCGACCUUCUUCUCCGUCUCCGCUUCCACGCUCACCUCCAAAUGGCACGGCGAGAGCGAGAAACUCGUGCGCGCCCUCUUCGGCCUGGCCAAAGCGCUGGCGCCGUCCAUCAUCUUCGUCGACGAGAUCGACUCCCUCCUCUCCGCCCGCUCCUCCGGCACGGAAAACGAAGCCUCCCGCCGCUCCAAAACCGAGUUCCUCAUCCAAUGGUCCGACCUGCAACGCGCCGCCGCCGGCCGCGAGCAGAAGGACAAGAAACUCGGCGACGCCAGCCGUGUCCUCGUCCUCGCCGCCACCAACAUGCCCUGGGACAUCGACGAGGCGGCCCGCCGCCGCUUCGUCCGCCGACAAUACAUCCCACUCCCGGAGCACCAUGUCCGUGAACAACAGCUCCGCAAGUUGUUAAGUCACCAGAUCCACGAGUUAACGGAUGAGGACAUCGAGGUCCUGGUCCAGGUCACAGAGGGCUUUUCCGGCUCCGACAUGACCGCCUUAGCCAAAGACGCUGCCAUGGGCCCGCUCCGCAACUUAGGGGAAGCCUUACUUCACACCCCGAUGGACCAGAUCCGACCGAUCCGAUUCCAGGAUUUCGAGGCCAGUCUGCUCUCCAUUCGGCCAAGUGUCAGUAAAGAAGGGUUGCAGGAGUACGAGGAGUGGGCGAGACAGUUCGGUGAGAGGGGGGGAUAAUCCUUUUCCCUUCCUUCCUGUCUGUCCUCUCUCUCUCUCUGUUGCUUAUUCCAAGAAUGAAUAAAACAUAUGCUGUCCAUGCAGAUUGUGCUUUUUUCUUUUCAUCCCGUGUUCAAGGAAUGGAAUUAUAGUUGGGAUUGGAUGGGGUUGAAAGGAGUAAGAAGUAUUUACUUCUGGCUUCUGUUCAAUAAUCACAGGCGUCACAGGCGUCCAAAAAAAACAACUUCGUUUUUGGCUUCCGGCUGUUGUUCUGGGGUGUAUGGAUGUGUGAUGGGUGGACUUCAAUCGGGGAAUGCGGUGUCUUGUUGGGUUCUUCUUGCUUACUCUGGAGUUUGACGAUGGGUGAUGGCUGAAUGAGGAUAUAUGUAGGUAUAUGUACAGUACCUGAUUCUAGGCUUAUGGGUCGUGGGUUGAUUAUAUACCUCCUAAGUUGACUAUGAUAUGGUAUGGUGGUUGAUUAUCUAGG